AUGGCGUCGUCUUCCCCGAAGUUGAAGCACUCAGCAGCAGACAUUGCAGAGUGGGGAUGGCUUCCCAAAAAUGUCCUCCAUAUCGUUUUGGACAAUUUGGUAUCUUUCCGCGAUUACGUCCGGUUCGCCGCCGUCUGCACUCGCUGGCACUCAGUUGCCGUGGAGAACAAUAUGUACUGGCGGAGCAUUAACCCACAGUUACAGACUUCUCGCCCCCGUCGCCAUCAAUUCCCUCUGCUUCUGGUGCCCUCCGGUGACGCCGACGAAUACAGCAACAACCUUUACAGCGUCAUCGACGAUGCCAUCUACCGGCUGCGAGUUCCUAUGCCGGCGCCCUUCAACAGGGUCAACGGGUCCUGCGGUUCUUCUUGCGGCUGGUUAGCUUUUUCCCAAUCCCUCCAAGAGACCAAAACCUUUCCGCAGAUCGUGACACUCGUAAACCCUUUCUCCGGCGCCACCAUCCGCCUCCCCAAAUUGGACCCCGAAGAGUACCUAAAAUUCGACGACAAUGAGAUGGGAGUCCACAAGGUUGUGCUGUCAGCGGACCCGGCCUCCGCUCCGGCUGAUUUCCAGGCGGUGGCGGUGUACGGGCACAUGCGGAGGCUGGCCCGUUACAGAGCCGGCGACGAAGGGUGGAUUUACGCCCCAGCGGAGCUCCUCAAGAGAAGAUCGGACGGGAGCACCUGCGUGCAGAAGCCGCCGGUCUGUGUCGACGCAGUUUGCUACAGGGGCCGAUUCUACGCGGUGAACCAGUGGGGUUGGGUGGUGGCGAUAUUGAAGGUACGGGCCAAGGGGUGGGAUCGUUCCAAUUGCGUGUACGUGAGGAAGAGGUGCCUGCAGUGGUAUACAAUCACCAGAUUACCAACGCAGACUAGGGAUUUUAGGUCGACCCUAGUGGAGUCGUCGGAGGGAGAUCUGCUGCUGGUUCGAAGGAACUUGGAUGAGUCGGAGGCGAAAGUCUUCAAGGUGAGGGAUGGGAGGGGGAGGAAGGAGGGGGAGGGCGGCGCUGCGGAGGUGAAGAGCCUUGGGGAUGAUGCUGUGUUCGUGGGGUGUGGGAAGCCCGGGUGCGUCUCUGCUUCUUCGGCGGCGGCGAUAGCCGUGGGUGGGUGGUGCAGGGGCAACUGCGUGUACUACGCUAAUUGCGGAACAGAGAUUGGACUGUUCUGCUUGGGGAAUCAUGGAAGCCAUGGAAAGCUUUACAGCCACUGUCCUCCUCACCAAAAUCUUCCUCAUCCCGUUUGGGUUCUCCUUGCUUCUCUUGAAAAUUUAUUGCUUACUACCAACUAG